CAAUGUCCGCUUUCACUUUGCUGGGGCUCUCAAGCUGGUCUUUGUUGUGAUGGUCCUUGAAGCAACGAGCCCACCUGGGACAAGGCUGAAGAAUGGGAUCUGUGGUUUGAUGCGUGGUUGCCUUUGAUCCUGCCUGGCAAGGAAGGGAAGGAAAAAAGAAAGAAAAAGUAAAUUCCUGUCAUGCUGACUCAACACCUUUCACAUCCGUAAGCUUUGAACUGCACACACAGCUUCUGCGCCUUACCUAUGCUCUGUACUCCUAGCUAGAAAGCACCUUUGUGUCAUUUUUUGGCCUGUCAGCCUGCAGUAAGCCAUUCCAUGAGUGCUAUGAAUGCAAAAGCAAGCUCUGGAGGUGAGGAAGAAGCCUCAGGAAUGAGGACCGAGAUCCUGGGGGAAAGCGGAUACCGAGGAGAGGUCAAGAGGGGACAAGUGAUCUUUAUUGCCUACCUGAUUGCAACCCUGGAGCUGACGUUCCUCUUCAUGCAGAUGGGAGUCAUGCCCUACUUGGCAAAGAGCCUAGGUUUGGAUUCAGUGGGGUUUGGCUACCUCCAGACAACCUUUGGUGUCCUCCAGCUUGUGGGAGGUCCUAUUUUCGGAAGGUUUGCGGAUCAAUUUGGCACCCGAGCAGCCUUAAUUCUCUCCUGUGCAUCUGGAAGUGCCUUCUUCCUGCUCAUGUCCAUGUCCACCAGCAUCCCCCUCCUUUUCCUCUCCAGGCUGCCAGCAGUGUUCAUGCAUGGGCUACCAGGUGCUCAGAAAGUUAUUACAGACCUGACUGCUCCUUCCCAACGUGCUGAUGCUUUGGGGAAGCUGGGUCUUUGCUUUGGGAUUGGUAUCAUCGUCGGCUCUGCCCUGGGAGGUGUUGUCUCCACCAAAUUCGGCAUUUUUGUUCCUAUGUAUGUCGGGCUGGUAGGAAAUCUCAUAAAUACCAUGAUAGCAAUGGUUUGGAUCCCUUUGCAGGCUAAGCCAAAGUCAGAUCAUCAUGUGACGGAGAACAGCACAUCACAGUCUGGCAGCGUGUUUAGCGUCAGAGAAAUCCUACGCCUGAUGAAGUUUCCAGGAGUAAUGGAAAUUUUCAUGGUCAAGGUCUUUGCUGGACUUCCCAUAGGUUUGUUCCUGGUUAUGUUUUCCAUCAUCUCUAUGGAUUUCUUUGGCUUGGAAGCAGUGGAGUCUGGAUACCUGAUGUCAUAUUUUGGUGUCCUUCAAAUGGUUAUCCAGGGUCUGGUUAUUGGAAAACUCACUAACCACUGCACAGAGAGGACCCUGCUCAGGCUCAGCGUCUUCGUCUUCGCCGGUGUGGGCCUAGGCAUGGCCCUGAUGAGGACCGUGUGGCACUACUGCAUCGUUGCGGUGCCGCUGGUGUUCGCCUUCAGCACGCUGGGCACCAUCACCGACAGCAUCCUCACCAAGACCGUCCCCUCCUCCGACACCGAGCUGAAGACCGUAUCUCCUACAAAUGCUGGGAGCCCAUGAUUUCUGUGUGACACUUCUACCUGGGAGGACCACUUCGGUGAGGUGCCGGGGAGGUGAGGACUGGGGAUGUCCCAGCCCCUCUGCUCAGAUGGGAAGAAAAUCUGCUGUUUCAUGAGUUGGAGAGAUGUUCAUGUGAGGAGGGAGAGCCAGGGGGGAAGGGCACCAAGCAGCUUUGCGAUGUAUAGCCAAGCUGGAAUUCAUCCAGGCUCUUCUCAAAGGGGCUUUGUGAGGAAAACCAGAGCGUUGCUUGGCUUUUAAAGCCCGGAGGCAAGAUUCGGUCAGAGAGGAAAAUGGAUUCAGUUGCCUCACCCUGCUCCCAGCUUGCGUAUGUUGUUAGGUCAGCCUGCGCCUCGGUGGGACGGAUGUCUCCGCAUGGCAGGCAGGAUGGCAGGGCAGGACAGCAGGGCAGGACGGAGGCAGCCUGCGGGGUGGUGGGGACAGUCAGGAGGGGGUCACGGGACAUUGGGAGGGCCAUGGGCUAUGCAGGGCUUUCUUCUGCCCGUCCAUCCUGGGCUGAUGCCAUGACAAGCGCUACUACAAAUUGCAGAGUUACGGCUGGCUCAAAACUGGGCAUGCCGAGGAGGGAUGCUGCUGGCACGGAGGAUUGUGGUGCCGGGGGAAAACUUUGUCUCCACCGCUUCCCCCUGGCCCUUUGCUUUCAAAUCCCGCUUCCUCCUUGCAAUGUUGCUGAGGGAAGAGGCUUGUUGGGUUUGUGCUUGUUUUGAAUGCACCCGGGCAGGGACCGGGGCGAAGGCAGGAAUGCCUGACACAGCAGAGCCACGUCCCGGCGAGCUGCCUCUCCGCAGCAGCUGCGGCAGUGGUGGCGUGGGUGUCUCGCAGAGAAAUGUGGCUAUUAAAAUGCCUGCCAUCCGUCUCUGGCCGUGGGUGGCACCCCGCAACGGCUGCUCCACCCGUGCAGCAGCCUAAAAAGCUGCUCCUUCCUAUGCGAGCCUGAGACCGGCUCCGCAAAGCGAGCAUUUUGGUGGUGCGUUAGAAAUCCACACUUUUGUAAGAGUGUGAAACUAUGGCUUCGUGAAAAAGCCCCGCUGUCUCCGCGUCAAAAAACCUGAGUGCUGGCUUGUAACAACUUUUAGUUAAUGCAAGGAAAUCACACGUUGGGAAUUUGCCUUUGGAAACACGACUUCUGAGCCUCGCUGCUGUCUUUUCUUGAUGUUUUUGCGAGCCUGGGGCCAGCAGAGCCCGUGGAGGUUUUUCUUUGGGCCAGGGAGAGGCUUUCCGAGGAGCUGGAGGUUGGGCCGAGCUCAGAUGUCCGUCUCAUUGUGGGGCUGGAGCGGAUGGGGCGUUGCAGGAGGGAUAACCUGUCCGCCCUUGCUAGACACUGAGUCACUCAUCCUUGCCUUUUAAAUAGGUGUCUCAGAAAGGGAGCAGUGGGACGUAGGGUGGCACCUUCCCUUGCACCCAUCAUCCUGCUGUCAGGAUCGAUCCAAGGUCGCUUCCUACCGAGACUGAUGAGUUUGUCACUUGCUCUUUGCUUAUGGCUGGGGCCUUGCACUGAAGGCAAGAGAGCGGAAAUGAUUUAAUUCGUUUCCCUUUGAUAUUUCCCCCCCACCCUUCUCCUCAUCUUCAAAGGCAGGAAGGGAAAAUUCCGCCCCACGCGCACGUGCUGUUCAGCUGGGGGUGUGCGAGCUGGUGGGAGGGUGGCCCCGAGCCCAGGGGGACUUCCAUCCACACAAGCACUCCUUGUCAACCCCGCUCCCUCCCCAGGAACGGAGGUCUUGUUCCUGCGCAGAGCCCCCCGCCCUCGGGGGAUGGAGGGAGGGAGGAAGCCCUGUGGAGCCUCCCUGCGUAACGGGCCCACGUUUCGUGAUUUUAUUUGCACGUCAGAGGCAAAACCUUAGGAGGAGAGCUUGCAGCCAGGCAGGGCUUCUUGGAGCAUUGUACCCCCCAUCUUUGCUCCGGCUUUGCUGGUUUUGAAGGGGGCUGCUGGCGGAGAUGACCUAAUUGUUAAAUUAAGCCCCGC